CUUUUGUUCAGGACUACACCAGAACUUUACUACUGCAAUUUCGAUUUCACAAUCAUGUUAUAAGAAGCUCGUCACCGGAAUAUUCAGUCCCCCCCAUCUCUAGGAACGCCUAAAGCGAUUCAAAGACUGUCCUCGAUCUUCUCUCUCGCUCCGAAGCAGCUCAACAACCAACUCCAACUGACUCAAAUCCACUACCCCUCGACCCGACCCAACCUGCCAACCGUCUCUUACAAAAUGAAACUCCUAACCCUCAAUUUCCUAACCUGCGCCAUCAAAACCUGCAAAACGAGCCCAUCGUCCUUUCCUCUACACCCACAAGACUCAGAACUCGAGAUCGUCGAAGCAGAUAUCAACGUACUGUUCCUGCGAAACAUGCUCCCGAGGCUAAUGUGGAAUGAACUCCGCCUUAUUGUGAACGAACUCGGUCUCCCCUCCCUCCCGGAAACCGCACCAGACGCAUCCUCCCUCCUCGAAACCAAGCUCCAAGUUCCUGAAGGCGAUACCACUGGUCUGAACAUCGAGAAAAUCGAGGUUCCGAGCCAGGUCGCGAAGGAUCUCCAUCGCGUGCUGUUAGAGACGUGUAUACGGGAGGGGAAACUGGUCUGUGGGAAUUGUGGACACGAGUAUAAGGUUAUGGAGGGUGUUGCGAAUUUUUUGCUGCCAGGGCAUUUGGUUUAGGGGUGUUGGUUUGUGGGUUUGAAGUUUGGGAUUUUGAG